AUGUAUAGUACUCCCUAUGCGCAUCAACAAGUUUAUUCAACAUAUAAUAAUCAACAAGGAUCACAACCGAUGUUUAAUAAUUUAAAUAUUCACAAUACAUCAUCAUCACCAUCACCAUCAUCGAAACUGAUAGUACAACAUUGUAAUACGAUAAGACAGAAAGCAAAAGUUAUUACUAAAGAUGAAUUAGAACGUAUACUUGAUGAAUCUUAUCGUGAAUUGAAAACUUUAACUGUCCCAUCACAAAUAAAUCCAAAUCUUAAAAGAAUUAUUAUUGCACUACUUUCUAUUAAAUCAUCUACAUUACCAUCACUUUCUUUACAUAAAUUUUUUACUUUAUUACAAGCACCACUUACUCAAAUUAUUCGGCAAUGGCAACGUACUUCUUUAAAUCAAAAUGAUGUCUUUAUGUUUACAUCCAUCAUUAAAUUAUUAAGAAAUCUACUUAAAAAUAUCUUUGAUACAAAUCGGUAUCCAACAUGGUUAUUCGAUACACCAUUACUUACUACUAUUGCUAAUUUGCUCGUGAAAAUGGCUAAAUCGAAAAAUUUUUUUAAUAAAAAAAAUCACCGUGAAUCAAAAGCGUUCCUUCAUUUAUUCAGUAUUUAUAUAGAUUAUCAAACUGAUUUAAACGAAGAGAAAACUUUUAAUAAAGAUAUAUUGGAUAAAUUAAUUGAUCCUGUUACUCAAUGCCUUCGAUCAAAUCAUUAUAUUGAUAUAUUCAGUCAAUUACAAACUAAGAAAGAAGUACUGAAGAUGCAAAAAAGAUUUUUUCUUAGUAAAUGCCCAUCAUUUCUCGUAUCUUAUAAUGGAUCUCGUCUUGAACAAAUAACGGAAAGUUUACUUUCAACAAUGUUACCACAAUAUCUUACUUUAUUCAAUGAAUUAAUUCCAUUGAUUCAUCAAUGGAAACGUUCAACUAUACGAGCUAUAAAUCAUUUAAUUAAAAUAGUUAAACAUGGAUCAAUAAAUACAGCAAUACUUGCAGAUCAUUUACCUUUUAUUGAUCAUAUCUUAACUUUAGUUGAUACACCAAUAUUAUAUAAUAAACUUACUGUUACAUCAUCAAAACUAGAGACAGAUUUAAUGCAUACAAUAAUUAAUUUUCUUGCUAAUAUGAUUAAUGAACCAACAAUCUUAGCAUAUAUUAAACAAAAGAAAAUGACAGCUUCAUUUCUUCGUUUAACAUCAGCACAAUAUCAACCGUUAGUAUAUGAUGCAUAUACUAUUCUUGCUCAUACAACAACUGAAGCAGAUAUAAAAGAGAUGCAUAAUCCCGAUGCUUUACUUUCAACAGUUACUGAAUCAUUAAAAAAUCUUGUAGCUAAUCAAAAUUCGGAUAAUUUACAACAAACUGGACAAUUAUUAGAAAUACUUAAAGGUCUUACUCAACAUGAUCAAAUCAAAGAAGAAAUUCUUAAACAAGAUACAUUUUCAUUUCUUCUUGAAUGUACAAAGAAGUUUACUGGAAAUGUAUUAACAUUAUUAUUAGAAACUUUAUGGUCAUUAUCAUUUUCUCAAAAAGGAGCACUUGAACUUCGAGAACAUCCGGAAUUUCUUGAAGAAAUUCAAACAAUUUCAAAAAAUACGAAAGAUGAAGCAUUGAAAAAAGCAUCUGAUGGACUUGUUUGGAAGCUUGUACAAGAACCAGCAUUUUUGGAAAAAGUUGCAAAAAAUCAAGAAGCAGAGAAUCAGGAAGCUGAAGAUACACUAGUUGAAACUAAAGAAGUUAUUAUUGGAGCAGAUGGUAAAGAACAGACAGUAACUAAAAUGGUACGAAAGAGUAUUACACCACCUGAACAAAUCUUUCAGUAUGAUAUUAUGAUUUCAUAUUGUCAUGCGGAUAGCGAAUUAAUUCAUAAAAUUCAUCAAUUUCUUCUCGAUCAGGGUUUUAAAAUAUGGAUUGAUCUUAAUAAUAUGUUUGGUCCAGCAAUGAGUGCUAUGGCUGAAGCUGUUGAAAACUGUGAAUUUGUCAUUAUGUGUAUGUCGGAUUCGUAUAAGCAAAGUACAUAUUGUCAAGCUGAAGCUGAAUAUGCAUUUGGAUGUAAACGACGAUUGUUACCAUUAAUUGUAAGACCAGGAUAUAAACCAGAUGGUUGGUUAGGUUUUAUGAUUGGUUCACGUAUUUAUGUUGAUUUCGGUCGUUAUGAUUUUGAUACAGCAUGUGGAAAAUUGAUGAAUGAAAUUGGUUUACAACGUAAACGACCACUUCCAUCUAAAGUAGGUGUAGUUUCACAACAUGAAAAACCAGAUGGACCAGCUCCCGUCGUAAAAGCAGAAAUCGAGAAACCGUUAGCAAUUCCUGAUAAAUUACCGGAAGUAUAUACAAGCCGUAAAGCGACAUUUUAUUAUAAUCAAAAGCAUAUUUAUCGAUGGACAGAAUCAGAUGUAUUAGAUUUUCUUUAUAAUAAUAAACUAAAUGAAGUUAUGCCAAUGUGUGAGAAAAUGGAUGGUCGAGCAUUAAUACAAUUAUAUAAAAUGUGUGUAGCACAUCCCAGUGGAACAUAUAAUAUACUCAAUGAGGAACUUAAAUUAACACACAAUGUUAAAUUACCUAUUGGAAGUUAUACACGACUUUUAAGUGCUAUGGAACGAGUCGGUGAACGCCAUGCCGAGGUAGUCUCAUCAAUAGCAAAAGCACGUAAUCUACGAUCAGCAUCGCGACCUAGAAUAACAUUACCACCACCACCACCAAUAAUAGUAUCAUCAUCACCAUCAUCAUCACCACCAAUUUCUCCUCAACAAUCAUUUCAUAGUCCUCCAGCUGUAUUACAUACUCGUGAUUUGCAUUCACCUUAUGAUAUCGUUAUUAAUUCAAAUGCUUCGACAUCAGACGUGAUAAAAGCAGCUCAACGCUUGGCACCUCACGUAAAGUCGAUAAAUCCUUCACAACAACGUACAUUAUAUAUCUGA